AUGAAGCUGAAUUCAGAGAUUGAUGGUUCGGAGAACAAAAGAGAAGGCCUAAGAUAUAUAACCCAGGCUGUAUUCCAACUGCUUAGAGAAAAUAGGGCCUGCACAUACUCGUUUAUAUGCAAAAACAUUGUGUUUCCCAAUACUGAGACGCUCAACAGAAGAAUAUACGAUGUCCUGAAUGUAAUGAAGGCAGUAGGAUUGAUUUCAAAGAGAGGCAAAAGAUACUUCUUGGUAAAUGAUGCAAGUGAUUCUGAUAGAAGAAAGGAGGAAGCGAAAAAGUUGAUGGAGAUGAAGAAGGUGUUCAAGUUCAUCGUGGAUAGAAACUCUGCUGCAGAAGACACCCAUUUAGAGAGACUAUACUUACCAUUCAUGGUUGUGAGCACAAGUAAGAAAGCAGACAUCCAUUGCGAGACUAACGAAGAGAGAAACUUCUUUGUAUUCAAAUCUACCAAGCCUCUCAAAGUCAAUGAGGAUCUGGAUAUACUGCGCGAGAUAUAUGAGAAAGCACAUUCCAAAGAAAAGACAACGGAUUUUUCUAUAGUAGAUAGACUUAGCAAUGAGAGGUUUGAAUACUUUGAGGAGAAUAAUUAUCAGCGAGAAGGGCUGGAUCCAGAUGCAUUCUUUUUUAGUUUCUAA